AUGGACCGGCCCGGGGAGCGCAGCACACAAGAAUUGAUUGACGGAUGGUAUGUUCCGAACAUACCAUCGGUCUUUUGUAUCGAACAUAAUGUUCAAUGUUCAUUAGUUAUUGUUUUACCAUCCUAUUACAAUGGAGCAGAAUUUAUUAUUAAACAUAACAAUCAAGAACAUAUAUUUGAUUAUUCAUCACCACAAAGUGAAUUAAACCAAAAGCAAGUUUUAGUACAAUCUUCGACACUCAAAUUAUGGGCCGAGACCAGGUGGAACUCCUGGUGGCAAGCUACCGAUGCUAUUAUCAAUAAUUAUCCUGCCAUCUUUAAAGCACUUGCUGAUAUUAGUGAAGAAGGUAGUGGUACACGAUCAACUAAUGCAGGUGGACUUUUAAUGCAUAUGAAAAAGUCCAUAUUUAUCAUCACUUCAUUUAUUCUUCAUCAAUUAUUUGGUUUAAUAAAAGUUUUGAAUGAUCAUUUGAAAAAUCCAGCUUUAGAUUAUGUACGUGGUGAACAUCUUGUAAUAUCGAUUAUUCAGCAAAUAACCAAUCUUCGUAAUGAACAAUCAUUCAAUCAAAUUUAUGAUAAAGCAAAAAAAUUUUGUGAUGGAAUUGAUUUGGUACAGCAAUGUCAACUACAUCGUAAAAUAAAAAUUUCAGCUAGAUCUAAUGAUUGUUUUAUUAAUUCAACACUUGGACAACGUCCAAAGUUGUCUACAUCAACACAUUUUAUGAAUCAGAUUUAUUUUCCUUUAAUUGAUUGUAUGUUAGUGGAACCAAAUGACAGAUUUUCAUCCAAACCUUUAUCAUUUAUGAACAGUAUUGCUACAAUUUAUCCAGAAAGUAAAAUUUUUUUGAAUAUUGAUGAUGUUGAUGAAUUCAGUCGUCAUAUUGGUGCUGAUUCAAGCGCUUUAAAAAAUGAAUUUACUGUUAUCAAAUCUAUGCUCAUGCCUAAAACAAUCAUUGAUGUUAUUCAAUUUUUGAACGAAUUAGUUCGAUUCUCAACUGCAUUUCCACAAACAUUACGAAUGAUCAAAAGUGGCAUAACAAUGCCGAUUUCACAAAUCAAUCAAUCAAUUACAAAACCCAUCAAAUUUGAUUGUGGGGUAAGACAAGGAUGUUCACUACCUGGUGACAUUUAUGUCAUUGGUCUAGAACCAUAA